AUGUCGUGGGAAUUAAUUGCCACCACAAAGCGCCAGGCGCUCAAGGAUUCAAUCCCAGCAGAAUGGGUGAUUCCUGCUGCCAUUUUCCCCCCUGAAGAUCAGUUGGAUGUGACCACUUUUCCUCGGGAAUCCGGAUUUUUCACUGAACGCGAAUUGGAAAUCACCUCAAUUUCUGCUAUCACGAUCCUAUCCCAUUUAUCUUCAGGGUCAUGGACGUCAGAGGAGGUGACCAAGGCGUUCUGUAAGGCUGCGGCAGUAGCACAACAAUUGACAAACUGCUUGUCGGAGAUAUUCUUUGGCAAAGCUAUCGCGCAGGCUAAGGAGCUCGAUGUCUACUUUCAGCAAACCGGAAAGACAAAGGGUCCCUUCCAUGGCCUGCCUAUCUCGCUUAAAGAUAACUUCAACUAUAUUGGCUAUGAUUCAACUAUUGGAUUUACCUCUCUGGUUGAUAAACCAGCUACCUACAAUAGCACGAUCGUCGAUCUCCUGCUUGAAACCGGCGCGGUGCUCUACUGCAAAACUAAUGUGCCAACCGCCAUGAUGAUAUCAGAGUCUGUGAACAAUCUUUUCGGUCGCACGGUGAACCCCCAGAAUCGUAAUCUCACCACUGGGGGUUCAUCUGGUGGAGAAUCUGCCUUGAUUGCGUUCGGUGGGAGUCGGCUUGGUGUCGGCAGUGACAUCGGUGGCUCCCUUCGUAUGCCGGCCGCCUGCACUGGCACCUUCACCAUCCGCGCCUCUGCCGGGCGCUUCCCCAACUUCCGUUCGCGCGCCUGUCUGGAAGGCCAGGAAUCUAUAAUUGGCGUUAGCGGUCCGAUAGCCAAGACUCUAGAAGAGAUCGUUUUCUGGUCUAGCACCAUUAUCGGCCUACAACCCUGGAUCCGCGACCCGAAAUGCCUCCCCAUCCCCUGGCGCUCUGUGGAACUGAAGAAGUCUCUAAAAAUCGGAGUCCUCUGGAACGACGGAUUCGUUUCCCCGACGCCUCCUGUUGCUCGUGGACUCAAGGAGACCGUCGAGAAGUUAAAGGCAGCUGGUCACGAGAUUGUCAUCUGGCCGCCGACUGAACACAUGGAGAUGCUUAUCACACUUGGGCGCUUGUUCCUCGCAGACGGAGGGAAGUCCGUACGGGAUCUUCUCGAGCCUACAGGGGAGCCGUUCCGCUCGGAAAUGAAGCCCUACGAGGACGCAAAGGAACUAAGCGUGCACGAUCUAUGGCAGAUUCAUGUUAAGCGCAACGCUCUCUGCAAAUCUUACCUAGACCGAUGGAACGAAGCUGGCAUUGAUGCUCUUCUAGGUCCUACGACACCAUACAGCAGCGUCGAGAACGGCAAUUUUGCUUACGCCGGGUACACAUGUGUCUUCAACCUGCUCGAUUAUCCGGCUGUUUCAUUCCCCUGUGGUGCGAAGGCCGAUAAAUCGAUUGAUACACCAUAUACCGAUCAUCAGGCACUGAGUGAUAUGGACGGGAAGAUUCAAAAAGAUUACUCUGCCGACUCCGUACAUGGCAUGCCAGUUAGUCUUCAACUGGUUGGCCGCAGACUUGAAGAGGAGAAGUUAUUCGCGAUGACGGAUGUCAUUCUUAAGGCUGCCGCUCUGUGA